AUGGGUGAUGCUCCUGAAUCUCAAGCUCAACCCGUGAGAGCCGAUACGGAAGAACAACGUUCUGAACGUUCCUACAAAGCCGCAGCCCAUAACCCGAGCAAUACUGCAGAAGGACGUGAACAUGCGGCCGAGAAAUUGGCAGAAUUACACGAACAACGUACCGGAGAAUCCUUGGAUCCUAAAAAAGAAGCAGAAAUUGGUGAAAAGAAAGCUGCACAGAGAUAA